AUGAUGGAGCUGGAGACGGCCAGUAACAGAGGCGAACUGGGAGCUGUGGGGGACUCGCUGCAGCCACAGACUCCCAGCAGACACGAAAAAAGUCUGGGGCUGCUUACGACCAAGUUUGUGACUUUAUUACAGGAGGCAAAGGACGGAGUAUUGGAUCUGAAAGCGGUGAGCAUGCAGCCCAGUCUUUGUUGUUAGCUAGCACAUGUCAUUUUGAGCCUGCCUGCUGUCGUUGGGAUACAUGCAUUUCAGCUAGCCUGUUAGCUUAGCUUAGCUAGUGACAGGCUAAUUUGAAUGGGAGCUACUUCUGCCCUUAUGGCUUUGUAUUUUCAGAAGCUUUUAGCCUUUUUCACUAUGUAGACUUUACAUUAUAUGAGAACAAAGCAUGGCAGAAAAAAACUUACUCAUUUGAAAAACUAACUUGCGCCAUACUAUUGUUACAAACACGAAGCUCAGAAAACAUACACGAAAAGCAAAUAUAACACGAAAAAACGUUGAAAUAUACAUUUACUUUGACAUUCAUGCAGACAUACACACAUAUAUGCACGUGUACAUAUAAAUAAACGAAACCUAAAUACUCUAAAAGUAAACCUGCACACGUUUAUUAUUGAGUUUUUACCAUGGCAUAUCUUGAGAGAGACAUGGACACAACCGUGAUCAAGAGUUUGGCUUUCCCUGGAUUAAAGAAAUGUGAUCAACAGGGAUUAUUGACUUGCAGUGCAGAAAAAACAUGUGCAGCAAAGUAGAGAAAGAGCAAGAAGAUCAGCUGUGUGUUAGUAAAAUAGAGGGAUAAAGUGAGAACAGAGAGAAAAGAUUCACAUUAUCAAAUAUUAACAAGUGCUGUGAGCCAAAGGUGAGUGAACAUUAGGUCUGUAUUAUUUUAAAACAUUAAAACUAAGUUGUAAGUCUCACAUAAUAUAGGUGAGGACCAAAAGACUGUAACAGAUUUCAAUCUGUGGCUGUGCUGUGAUAAAACAUAUGCAAGUCCACAUGGUAUGCUUUCUUAUACCACAAUGUGAAAAUAAUCCACAGCAAGUAAAAGUUAUUUGUUCACAUGGAUUAUUAUCACAUUUAAGUUAUUGUAAAAGCAAUUCUUUAAUUCUAUUUGAUCACAUUUCUGGGCACAGUGGGGGACAAAAAGGCAGGUGUAUAUUUUUUGUUCCAGUCCAGCCCAGACAAUAGCUGAGAUGCAAGAUAUUUUUUGAACAAACAAUAAACUGGGCCAAACUUGGCCCUAAAAUUGAUAAAUAAUUAUUUACAGGUGUUAUCUCAAUGAACAUCAAAAUAAGUGUGUUGAAUAUUUUGGCCAUAAUUGCAUAGUGGUACCUGAACAUAAGAAUCUAUGAUUAAACAACUGAGGAGAGUAAGCACCGUAAAUGAAAUCAAAGCUGUGAAACAUGAAUAUGGCUUUCAUUCAUCAGUAACCCAGGUGAUAGUUUCUGUUUGGUAACUUUUAAAAUUAAAGAAACCCAAAUUUGGUCUCCCAAGAGUUUAAUUUGUGUUACCUUUGUAUCACAACAGGAAUCAAUAUCAUUUGAUUUCUUUUAGUAUCAUACAAAAGCUCAAGAUUAUGGUGAGUGACAACCCUACAACCAAACAGUUAAUGCUCCCAUGUUCUCUGGAAAACUGAAAAUUCACUCCUUGAGUGGUAUUGUGGUUAUUAAAGAGGGGCAAAGUAGAGUAACAAGUUUUUUUUUUUUUUUUUUUUAAUAUUGCAGCACCGCUCAACUUUUCAGACUCUGCCCCCUGCAGAUCCCGAGUUAAAAAAACUGGGUCAGCUUUUGUCGUUCCCUUCUGAGCAAAUGCUUCUGCAUCUUCACACAUGAACAAUCAUUUCUGACUGAUAGUCUUUGUUCUUUGACGACAAGCAUUCAUCCGGUCAGCCUUCAAUGGUUUUUCCUUAAAAGGAUACUUUUAACACCAGUGCCGAAGUGUUCACAUGUGUAUUAUCAAAGGUGGUUAUGGUCUGCACUGCAGUCUAGGUCAUUGGUCUAAACCCUCUCGCUCCCUGAAUUGACCCCCAGUAAACCUUAACCUGCCUGGAGAGUCUUCUGUUAUCGUAAGAGUUACUUAAGUUUCUUGAAGAACUAGUUGGUGUUUGCUUUGGUGAGAUAGAGUCUAAGUACAAAGUGGUCUGUGCAGAUCUUUAACCAGUGCCACUUCCUCUCUCAAACCCCUCGUUCCGCUUAAAAAAAAAAAGGUGUUAAAUGUAGCCAAAACUGAUUAGCCUUUCUAAUUUGCACUUUUCAAAUUAGAUUUUAAAUAGGGAGAAAAAAACUGUGAAUUUUUGUUUGUGUUAUCCGCCCCAGUGAACCAAACGGCAGUUUGACCAGCCAUGCAUUACUUAUAAAUUAAAACCGUUUCUCUUCCACAGUGACCUCAGUGACUCUACUGAGAGUGGCGUCACACCUGCUGACACUAGUAUUUGCACCUUGCCAGUGUUGGAAUAGAGCAGGCAGUCAUGCUUAUUCUUUAUCUCACCUGUCCAUAACAACACACUGUAUUUUUUAGUAAUGAAAACAAUCCAUAUUAGGCCAUGAUUCCCUCUCUGCUCAAAGAAACACAGCUCCUUUACCAAAGGCUAAUAACUCUGGGGCUUGUUCUCCUUUUGUCAGGUGUUGGCUCAGAUGUCUGCUGAUUGAAUGUAGUGCAUACUGGUGAUGUUUACUCUGCAUGAGUGAAUACUAAUGAAAUUAAGUGUACUGUACCAAACCCACUUAAGGUUUAAUAUAGCUGCUGUCAUUCAGCAGGCCUCUAUUGCACCCACAGUUCCUCAUGCCAAAUCUAUUCUUAUCUGCACCAGCCAUAUGGUUAUCAUAAGUUUGUCAAACACCAACAGGCUGGGAUGGGAAAGAAGGUUGAAUGACACUGUGGUGCUCUGUCUUAGGUGGUGAAAUGUCAUGGUUUUUGGUUGCAUUGCAUUGUACUUGUUGUCAUAGAUUGAACCGUAGGUCCUAGUCUUUUUAGCUGUAAGCAUACUAAAGGAAAUACUAAUAAUCACUCUUGUUUUCUUUGUUUUUGUCCCGUUGUUCAGGCGGCAGACACCUUGGCUGUGCGGCAAAAGCGGCGGAUCUACGAUAUCACAAAUGUUUUGGAGGGAAUCGGACUGAUAGAAAAGAAAUCCAAAAACAGCAUCCAGUGGAAGUAAGUCAAUGUUGAUAUUUUCCCAAGAGACAAAAAAGAAAAUCUUUGAUUUAAAGAGACAGAUUAAGUGCCAAAUUUUCUGUUUAUAAGGAGUUUUUGAGGUUUCCUUUCAUUAAAGAGGUUAAAUGUCACUCACUUAUGGUUAUAUUUUAUAUUUUAUAUUUAAGAGUUUGGUCUGGUAAAGCUUUCAUAGUAUAAAAAUGAGUGUCUUUGUUCAUACAGGUCAGAAUUGUCAGUAUUUGUCUCCCAAGCACAAGCAUCAAUCCUCCCACCUCUUCUGCUGGGAAUAGAUCAUACCUAAUCCAAUAUAGGAGGUGUUCCUCCUCUAAAUACACUUAAAAAUUUGAGACCAUCUUAUGAUCUUAGUUUAGUGAAACACAAAGACAGUGGGUGGCGCCACAUAUCUGUGAAGAGCGUUUACCCCCUAGUGACCACUCACCAUUACAAUGCCGGAAGGAUGAAAAAUGGAGAGACAUGCUGACCAGAGCAAAAAAGUCGAGAAUUAGGGCAAGUUAACCAACAACCGGGGCAGAGUUUUGAUGCCUCAGCGCAGUAGAGAAGUUACAUGACCGUCAAACAGCCAAGAAAUACUGUGCCAUGUGUGUAAUGUCCAGCUGCUUUCAAACACACUGCUGAAUAUGCUACUCAUAACGGAUUAAAAGGUGCGCACCAUCAGACCUGUCAUCUGUUAGACCAGGGUCAGUUAGAAUAGUUUUAGUGUUUUAAUACUUAAGUGCUCUAUUCACACAUAUGAUACUUUUUCAAUUUAAUUCUGACAUUUGAUUUUAAGACAUUAUUUGAUCCGAAAGAUUAAAAAACUGAAACCAACCUUGUUUUAUUUAAUGCCACGUAAUUGUAUUCAGUUAGAUGAGCUCUCUUUAUUAUGACAAGUUUUGGUCUCCAAAAGGUCUUCCCCUAAAAAUGAGUGUUGAAUAAGGGAUGUAGUCUUAUAAUCAGGGUCAUGUCAUAUUUGUGUCAAUAUGGUAACAUAUAGACACUGAAGAAAGAAGACAGAAAUGGCUUAGAAAAGGAUUCACCUCAGCAUCAAGGCAGUAAAUGAACAAUUCACACCAACCUGGGGUGUGCUCAUGUUUGCUUGUGUGUUAAUCGGUGUGACAAAAACACAAGUAUUUCUCCGAGACUAAGUGAAGUGAUUACUGUUAAUCAUGACAGUGUCAAGUGAUUAGAGCAUCUGCAUGUCAGACGUCUGGUUCUCACUUUGAAAGAUGUGCACUGUUAAUUGAACAACUGUGGCAUAAAGUCACAUUUCAGUUAAAAAAAACAGCUUUUGAAGUUAAAUAUGUAGUUCAGACUUGCAGGUGUUUUUAUCCACAUCAAAAGCAUUGUGUCAUCGUGUCAGUUAGCAUUGUAUAAAUAGGCAGAUAUAUUGAUUUCUGACAUCAGAUAAAGCCCAGGUGUGACCUAUGGCUUUAUGGAUAGCUCUGCUAUAUUUAGUAUCCCAGUGUGACAGGGAGUCUGCAUGUAACAUGCAGCGACCCUGAAACUGAAGCAGCCUGAAGGCAUUAUGUUUGUAUGUUUGUAAGAGUGUAGUGUUUGGCUCUGCUUGUACAAUUUUGUUCAACACUUUGUUUGCACCCCAACCUGAAAGUCAGCUAUCAAUUCAAGGAAGUAGUCACAUCGACAUUUAAGUUUUUUUUUCUGUGAAUGGAUCUCAGAACCUUUAUUCAUCAUUAAAAUGGACAACAGUCUGUGCUUUCAGAAGCGUCUGAGGCUUUCUUUGACUUUGCAACCGUGUUUUCCUCUUUGUUUUUCAGGGGUGUCGGUCCAGGCUGUAACACUCGAGAGAUAGCUGAUAAGCUGAUUGAGCUGAAGGCCGAGCUGGAUGAUCUGGCUCUCAGGGAACACGAGCUGGACCAGCAGAAGGUCUGGGUCCAACAGAGCAUCAAGAAUGUCACAGACGACUCUAACAACAGCCCAUAUCCUUCAACGCGUAGUGUCAUGUGUGUAUAUUAUAGGUGGGGUUAGGUUUGUAUAAAUGUUUGCCAUAAUUUGUACUGAGUGCAUGUGAAAGUUUAUUAUGUUGCUUGUAACAUACAGUAAUAGUCUGUGAUAAGCAGAAAAAAACAGAAAACCUUCUCCUUGGAUGACAUCCCGCCUCCUAUCAGUGGUAGUCUAAUAAUAAACUUGUCUCCAUAAGAGAUAUCUGCACGGAAAAGUAGCUUUAGCAGCAACAUUUAACAUCAAAUAGGCGAGAUGUUGUGUUUCAGUGUGCCAGUGUGGACCCCAGGAAGAGUAGCUGCUACAUUAACAGCAGCUAGGGGAGGUCUGAAUGAAGGAAUGAUGGAUUUGAUGUUAGAUGACCAAUCCUCCAUUAAAAAAUAUGCCUUUUUUAAAAUACUCAUGUCUGAUAGGGCAGCUACCACCUGCUAAUAGUCAAAACUUAGUGAAUUUCCAGGCUGUGAAAUAUCCCAGAGUAUUUCAGUUUUUAACUUCAGCAGUCUGUAAGUACAGGAAUAAACGACCACAGAUUUGUCUUUUGAGGGAUCGGCUGAAAUAACUGCUUCUGAAGAAAGACGACAAAAGUGUCAAACUGUAAAAAAAAUAAAUAUUCAACCAUCUAUAGCCAUGAUGAAGGACUUCAAUGUAAACACGACUAUUUGCGUUGUAAUCGGCACAGAUCAACUAAAGACACAAUGACAGGGCAGUGAAAUAUAUCCAGCCCCGCCACCAUCUGGCAUCUUAUAGAGGAUAAUCCUGGGAACACAUCUCAACCAUUCUGCCUGUCCCUGUCAGCAGCACAGCUCAUAUAAAUGCUCUCUGUUCUGGCGUUGCACCAGUUUUCCUAUUCAAAGGCAUAAACACCAUUACCCAGUAAGUAAAAACAGCUUUAAAAAGCCUCCUUUGACCUCAUUAUGAAUAACCCUUCUUAUGUCACCAUAAAGGCAUUAAAAAGCAGGGAGGGGCAAAUGUGAGGUGCUGUAAAGUUGCAUCGGUAGAAUUGCAGGAUCAAAUUUUCAGUCAGGCUGAUUUGGCUGUUGCUGCUUUGACUCGACUUUCUUCUGUUUCUAAAAUCUCCAUUUCACUUCGAAGCAAUGAUACAUUUCUAUAUCUGGUAGACAGAUACUGUCACCAUGCCCUCUUAUUGGGCCAUGGUAGUGUAUCCAGGGUUACUGCAGGUCCUUAAAAGGUCUUGAAUACAUUUUUACCAAUAAAAGGCCUUCAAAAGUAGUACAUUGUGUUAAAUACAGAUCAGAUAAGUCUUAAAUGUGCUUUAGUCACUUCGCCAUGAGAAUUUCUGGUAAGCACGGGAUAAACACUAUUCUCGUCCUAUCUCAUCUCGCCCCAGCAUUUAGAUCACGUGACGCAAUGAGUCUAUGUUGCAUCCUUGCAAAGCCAUAUUGGCUUUCUUGGUCGAGAUUUGAAUUUCUUGUAUGACAGCCUAUUUUUUGUCUAAGUGACAGUCUUCGUGGAUGUACUUGUGUUUAUUAGCUGUCUAACUUGGCUGGCUGUGUGUGAGACCGAGUACGUAUUACGAAGUUGACCCAGCAAUUUUUCAUCUGUGGGAGAGGCAAAAUGCUCUUUCAUUAAUAAACACAUUUGAAGAAUGUUCUUGAACAACUUAUUAUUUUCAUUUUUCCCUAUUGUACAUUUUUAACUGACAUCAAUGCCUUUAAUUGUAAAAGGAUAUAUUUUCAGUUUGUUCUGUACUUCCAUCGCAGGUUUGGUCUUACAUUUUCUUUACGGUGGUAUUAAAAAGAUCUUAAAAAGUCUUGAAUACAACUUCUUCAUACCUGUAGUCACCUUGGUAUUUCUAAUGGACAUGGACCCUUAACUCUUUGUACUGUGGCUUAUGUCAAACAUGAAGACCUGUGUGGAGCUUUUAAAGGUAAGUACUGUGCUUACUUUACCUUUGCAGACAGUUUUUCUUUCUCCGCUCAAUCAGUCUCCAUCACUCAUCACACAUUUUUUUCUCAGGUGACACACUCCUAGCGAUCCGUGCUCCCAUUGGCACACAACUAGAGGUCCCAAUACCAGAAUCUGUAAGUUAUCUGACUAAGUAUCUCACACACGUCGUGCUCGUCUCAAGUCUCGGAUUGGUUUUCAUGGUCUUUCCUUUUCAGGUCCUCAACGGACAGAGGAAGUAUCAGAUUCGUCUCAAGAGUACAUCUGGUCCUAUUGAGGUUCUUCUCGUCAAUAAGGACCCGUCCAGUGCCUCUCCUGUUGUUUUGCCGGUCCCUCCUCCAGAUGAUGUCCUUCAAAGCCUCCCAGCACCGAUACCUACCUCUCAGCCUCCUACUGCUGCUCCCCAGGUCUAAAACUCAUCAGCUCUCUCCAUACAAAGUUCUCAAAUCCUCUCUUACAACAUUAGAAAAAGGCGACAAGAGACACUUACUGUACAUUGUUGUAUCUCCUUGAAAAUAGUAUUCAAAAUGCUAUUUUUUACUCUACAUACUUUUAAACUUUCACUUUUUUUCCCUUUACCUUUUCUUUUGGCUCUGUAGGCCCCCAAAGCAGCCCUGGCCAGCUCUACAAAACCCGGUCCCACCACAACGUCAGCAACAGCAGCUAACCAGACAGCCUCAGUGUCAGGUAGGGCAGGAUGUCUCUGAUUGUCUCUGAUACUUCACCAUUUGCUGUAUACGGUCAUUAAUGAAUAACCAGCAUUGUUUUCCCCACAGAAGUGACAAACACGACACCACUCACCCCAACAACAGAUCCGCCUGCAACAGUUACCCAGCAACUUCAGUCCUCUGCCUCGCUGGAUGGAUCUGUGUCCUCUUCUGCCUCUGCAGUAUUUGAACCUAUUAAAUCAGAUCCCUCUGAAUGUGAGUUUUACAUGUCGCUCUCUGUCUCCCUCUGUCUAUCACUCACAGUUUUGAAAAGAUGGAGCUGUUGAGGCUGAGGUUCUGAAUAAUAUAUUAUCAUUUAGGCAUGUUCAUGCUGCGUUUUACUCAAUUUUAAACUGCUAUCUCUAGUGCAGAGGCUUUUACGUGUGAACUUCUGAAUUCAGGACAUUCAGGCCCUGAUAUUUCAAACAACAUUUUUUCACACACACUUCAAAGUGGAACAUUCAGUGGAUUUACAUGCAUAGUUAAGUUACAGUUACAGCUCAUUUAGGUUACUUAAUUAGGUCACUGUUUUUUGUUCCAGUGUACAAGCACCACGCAAGAAUUGUUGUAUUGACACAGUGCGUCCGCCUCCGCUGUGGUAGGCGGUGAUAUGACCGCUUUUGAUGAGUAACUAUGGGGCCUUGGUUUUUCCAACAUGUUUCAAUGUAUUUUCAAAGGCCAGUUUUAGUUUUCCAACACAAUGAAUCGAGUCUUCAUACAUCGUGUCAACACACUGGCUUAUCUGUGUAAGAUGCAGCCUAAAAUGCUCUGUCUGUGCAGGUGGCAGACUGAAUGUUUAUGCCGUCUCUCUUACUGAUAGAUAAAACGAAUAUUUCUUUUAAUUCAACAAUUCGUGGUUCUGGUGGAGCAGGGCGACAUUGAACUAAGCAAAUUUUACAAAUAACAGAGAUUUGAGUGUCUCUUUUUCUGAAAUUUUUUUUCAGCUUCUGGGUGUUUAGUUUGUAGACUAAGACCUCAACUUUCACAAGGGUGUGACGAUAUGUUGAUUUUGCUGUCAUACGAGUACAACAUGAAGGCGUCUGCACCAUGUGCCAGUUAUAUAACAUUGAUAGUCAAGGACUCGUUCUUUUACAUCCUGGAAAUAUAUUGAUCUAGGCCUAACUGUUAUUAUUUGUAGCUCUUUAAGUGAUAGCUCCACUAAUGACAGAAAGGGGUUGAUAAGAUGUACUACCAGGAGACUUUUGCCUCAUCGCAAGUAUUUCCGAGUAGUUGAAUGACUGUAUGUACUGAUGCUGUUGUUUCCUUCUAGUGUUGGACUUUCCCAAAGAGCUCUCUGACAUGUUUGAUCCAACAAAAGGUGACAUAUUUCUCCUUCAUGCUUUGGUUACAUGUUAACAUCUUUGUCUGAGUCCUUGAAAAGAAAGAUAUAAAACAUCGCUCACUUCUUUUCUCUCAUCUGACAGAGAUCAUGAGUGGAGACCUGUUGGAGGACUUGAUGUCAUCGGAGGGUGAGUUUGUGUAAAAACAUGUACAUAUAGAUACUCACCACUUGGCUGUCCAAACCUCAUAUCCACAGUUAUUCAAUCUGACUAGCAAAAGCAAUGCUAGAAACAUCCUAAUGACAUAAACCAAAUCAAAUCGAUCCGUGAAAAAGAAUUUUGCACAUUUAUAUGGUUAACCCUUUCAUACCUGCUGUAUCAAGGCCAGAGAGCCUCAAAAUGAUGAGACUUGUUUAUUUAGUUUAGUUUAAUUUAUUCACACACACACACCAUCACAAUAUAUAUAUCACAAAUAUACAUAUACAUACAUAUACACAUGUACACUGGAAAUUUCACAGUGACUGGGUGUGUAGUUAGGUUGACCCCAAGGAAGCUAUUUAAAGCUUAUAGCAUAUAAGCUUAAAGCAUAAACAUCACAUGGACUACAUCCAUGUGAUGUAUUCAUUUCACUUGUCAAAGGUUUCUGAUAGCGUUAAUACAUAUCACCGUGGAUAUUUUUGAUUUUACUCUCAAUUUAUUUGAAGAGGUCAAAAUUCUAACUUUUUGGUCAAUGACUGAGCAGCUGCCAGCAGAAAAGUGAAGCCAAGAGGGUGAAAAGUGCACAGAAACUAGGGGGGGAUGUUUAAGCACAAAGAUCUAAGUGAAAGAGAGGCCAAACAAAUUAAAUGUGAUUUAUUAAAGUAAAACAAGCUCAGAGUCAGUUUUUUUCAUUUCUUUGUUUGGUUAUAAGCAGGAUCAAAAAUAGUGAGAGAGGUUUAUGGAAACGAGAGUCCCCUUAGGCUUUUAUUUGACAUUACCAACCACUCACUCCACAAUAUUCUUUCCAUGUAGAUGCUCUCAUACUGUUUAUUUCCUUCCUUAAUAGAAUUGUGAUUCUUUAUCCAGAGAACAGGCUGUAACUGAAACAUUAAAAAACAGUUUCACAGCCAUACAAAAACUUUCAACUGCAAACAAACCCAGCUAGCAAUUUGUGUGUGGCGCCACCUUGUGCUGCCUGCCAACUGUGACAGCAGGAUGAACAACUGGUUGAAAGGUCAGACGUCUCAACAACAGUACAUGUUUUCAUAGAUAUUCACCUUGAAGAUAUUUUCUAUCCUUAUUUAUUUACUUAGGUGCUACCACAACUGGAUUGUUAUGAUUGCAUACAAACUCUUGAUUUGCUUGCUAGUCGGUAGGAGAAUGCAAUUCAUAAGAUUGUUUCAUAAAUUAACAAACAGUUGACAGCAAAUGAAAUCCACAAACCGUUCAGAAAGUCUCAAAGUGACUAAUUACAGUAUUCCUGACUCACUCACUUCUGAAGGUUAUUUGAAGCUCUCUGUGCAGCAGGUGAAUCUUUGUGAAGUAUCAGCUCUUAUACAUUAUACAAAGAUACAUUUUUAGUAUGACUGCUGCAGCAGCUGAAAACUUAAAGGGUUUUUUCACAUGGCACCUACACUUUGUUUUUUUCAAAAGUAAGUUCACAUGUGGAGACUUGAUCACCUCUGAGCGCAGCUUUGAUUCAUGCAUGCAGAUGUUUGUGAAGGGAGACGCCUCCACAGCAACAGCAGCUGGUUAACUUCUAAUAGUUUGCAGCACGGGUCCAAAGUGCUCACCCUGUAUGAAUGUGGAGUUAUGGCUGUCUUUGUUGUGUGGCUCGCCUCUGUCUGAAGCCUAGAAAACACCUGAAUGAAACUAUAAGGCAGAGAAGUGCUGCCAAACUUCCUUUGAUCAAGCAAUUGUUUUUUUUGUUUUGUUUUGUUUUUUUAACACAUCCUUCUUGUUUCUGCACAAUACAGCUGAUUAAUUAUUUUUUAUUUUUUUUAUUUUUAUUUUUUUACAAAAUUUGUGGGAAAUCUUGCUUGACAGAAGCACCGGCCCCUUUAAAAAAAAAAUCUGUGCCAGCCUUGGUCCUUUCCAUUGCCACACAAAGAAAUUUCUAAAAAUAAUCAUCCUUGUCUGCCUCCAAAAUAUCCAAACUCAUCAAUUAGGUUGCUACUGCUACUGUUGUUACUAGAUUCCUGUUCUUUUUUUGGAUAAGGUCUUUCUGGUACUUCCAAGUUUUACAUUACAGCACUCUGAUUCCUGGCCUGUAUUUGCACAUAGCAAAUCUUUCUCUGCCUGUUUUAUCCGCAGUGUUCUCGCCUCUCCUCCGCCUGUCACCUCCUCCCAGCGACCACGACUACAUCUACAACCUGGACGAAACAGAAGGCCUGUGUGACCUCUUUGACGUCCCCAUCCUGAACCUCUGA